UGUUACUACCUAGAAAAGAUCUAAGAUAUCUAAGAUAUGCUGUGCGACGUUUGUCGCAUUGGUCUUGAAGGUAUCUGGGAUCCCAGUAAGAGUAAAAGGAUCGGGCUGCUCGAGGAUUUCCCUGAAAUACUGCAAUUCCGAUUUAAUGAUGACGAGCUUGAAGAAGCCUUGAGCUCGAGCAAAUUAAAAGAGCCAGAACGAUAUGUCUUCGGUCAUCACAUCGACUACGACUCCUUAGCAAGGUCCAAGGAACAGCAUUGCACCGCAUGCAAAGAAUUUGGAGUGGCUAAUGACCGUGAUGAUGUGAAUACGACUUUCGCGGAAGUUGGGUACUAUUCUGUAUUCUGCAUCGGCCUGUCUCCGCCCGAAUUUGACAAUCCCACAAUGCUUGUCUACGUGGGUGAUAUGAUUGAAGAGAUAUCGCACGAGCUAGUCGCGCAUGAUGAGAACGACCACCUCAACUCCAUGAUAUCGCCUUCUACCUCGGACGACAAGACAUGGAGUUUGGUCCAGUCUUGGCUUGACAGAUGCCUAGUAUCACAUAGUCUAUGCCGAAACCAGGCACUCACAGUUUUUUCGCCUACCCGUCUCUUGGAGCUGGUGGAUACAGGGUCCGAUAAGACUUUCCGACUUGUUCAACGGGGAGAAUUUGAUCCAGGUGAACGCUACGUAACGCUAAGUCACUGCUGGGGCCCAGAGUCCGGUGAAGAAAAGCUGCAGCUUGUGGCGUCAACUAUGUCUUCCUUGUCUGUUGGAAAACUUGUCAAUAGUCUCCCAAAGACAUUCCGCCACGCCUUCGAAAUUGCCGACCGACUGCACAUUCGCUAUAUAUGGAUUGACCGCCUCUGUAUUAUACAGGACUCCGAAGAAGAUUGGCGGGAUGAAUCAGCAACUAUGCAGACUGUUUACAGGAAUGGGUUUCUUAACAUCGCCGCGCUUGGUGCCACAAAUGACGAGGGUGGAUGUUUCUUUGAUCGCGAUCCAGUGCUGGUUAAACCUACGAUUAUUAAUAUUAGUCCCGAUCAAGAUCUUCCGUCCCAUUACAGAUUUUCCGAUGAGACCGAAACGUGGACUAGAGAUUUUCAUAGGGAGACGCUUAUAACAAGGGCCUGGGUGUUGCAGGAACGGAUGCUCUCGGCUAGAAAUCUUUAUUUCGGCACCCAGCAAGUUUUCUGGGAAUGUUGCACAACUAAUUGUUGUGAGACUGUCCCGGCUGGACCAUUGCUCACUUAUAUAACCCGGAGCACAACAGGCCUUGAUGCGAUGAGUUCAAAAUCUGCAAGAUUUGCAUGGAAACGGCUCAUCGAUGCUUCAAAUUCUGGUCUAAGAGAGGAUCGAGGUCUUCUUGCUAAUCUACUCCUAGAAUGGUCGGCAGCGGUUCAGGCGUACUCUACUUGCAAUCUCACCUACUCAAGUGACAAGCUGAUUGCCUUGUCCGGGCUAGCAAAUGACAUGGGAGCUAUAUUGAGAGACCUAGACCCUAGUUAUGGAACAUACCUCACAGGUAUGUGGAAAUUAACGAUGCCUGAUAGUCUAUUAUGGAAGGUCAAAGGACUAAAUAAACGGCCUUCGCCGUAUCGCGCGCCUUCGUGGUCCUGGGCAUCGGUUGAUGGGCCUCUCGAUCUCCCUCCCGGUGGAAUAAAUUCAAGUUGUCCCCUUGUUGAAGUCCUUGGCACCGAACCGCUCCCAUUGGAUGACAGUGCCAUAACUAAUAUCGAUGGGUACAAGAUAGUGCUCAAGGGACCUUUAUGCGUUGUGAAGGGACUUAGACCAGAAAAGCCACCUAACCCGCUACUCAAUGUUCACAAGAUCAGUAGCCUUCACAACCUCGAUACAUGUCUACCCAUCAAUGCUUCCUUAAGUCCAACUCGUAUCCUCUUUGACGACCUACAAGAUCAAUACGAUGAAGUAUUUAUUUUACUAUUUUGGACCCACCCUUACCCUUCACUUUCGAGAGUCGUUACCGGCGGUUUAGCGCUUAGACCCAUUGACGACUCCCAAACAUUAUACCGCCGAGUCGGACAUGCUCAAAUCGAUGUCGAUGCGGAUGAUAUACAAGAUCAAGACUUAGACCGGUACAACCCCGUGUUGGAUGCUUGUCAAACAAUAAGCAUAGGAAUUGUUUGAAUAUUAUAUGUCAUGGUUUAUUACUAGGUAGGCAUCUAUACAUUGCAAUGUACCACGGUAAUCUAUACCUACCCAGUAAUCUUAAAGCCGGGUCUGGAGUUGACGGACAUGUCUACUGGAGAGGGAGUCGUUUACCGUGAUCUAAAAGGAAGUAUAAUGCGAUAAUGAUAGGAGUAUUGGAAAUUCUCGGCAAAUGAAGUAGACAGGUAUAUGCACUGGAUGAAACAAACUGAUGAUCAACAAUAAUAGAUUGUCUACCGUUAUAGUUGUCAUACAAUGACUACAUUAUACAAGAU